AAAAUGACUACAUAUUUAACAAUAAUGAUGAGCAUACAGCUGUUACUGGUCGUAAACAUGUACGAUUGUCGGAUAAACAACCUACCUACUCGGUGUAUGCCAGGGCUGCUUGAAGACGCUCCACCUAAAGUGCGAGAAGCAUGUUUGACUUUAUCUACGAUUCGCACUCUUUCGAAUGCUAUUGAAACAUUUAUUCAAGAUAAACAAUUUCCUAUGCCUAUGCCUUAUACUAGAAUGUCCGAUGGAUUGGUUGAUACAGCAAUGCAAAAUGAUAAACGUCAAGACUUGGAUCAUGUAUUUCUUAGAUUUGGCCGCAGAAGACGUUAAAUAUGCAUCUCUUAAAAUAUACUUAAGAUAACUUCCUUCUUCUUCUCUUAGAUCCUAAAAACUUUAUUAUAUUUGUGUGUCAUAUAUAAUAAAAAAUAUUUAGUAAUUGCUAAUUAAAAAACGUAGAAUACUAUCUACACUAUAAAAAUGAGAUACUACUUUAAGGUAAACAUCUCCAUAAUUUGUUUAUAUUUAUUUAUUAUUCGCAUAACUUUUUUUUUAGUAGGAUACCCAGCUAUUUAGAAUUUUAGUGUCAGUAAGAUCAAAAUUCUUGCGAACACACUUUUUAAGACUUAAUUUAUUUUUAUUUUUAAUUUAUUAUUUGUUUACCUACCUCGUUAGGAUUGAAUAUCUGCUCAUAUUUACUUAAAAUAACAUACUAGUCUGCU